AUGUCCACUACGUGUUUUGUCCCGCAAAGGGAAGCCUUACUACCACUCAUCUCCUCUCUGCAACCGCAUUCCGGCGAUCUGGUCUUGAUACAGCACGCUCCUCGGGUUCCGCAAGGCGACACUCUCUGCGAGCUCCUCGUGGUAGGAACUCACUGGCAAAGCGACCUUGACCUAUUCGUGCUGCCUUCAGAAGAUUGGGUUGUUUUCGAAAAGAACAAGAUCAGCGCGAGAUUGCAAUCAAGAGCAACAUUACGUCCACCUCACAUCAUACAUCCCACACCCCGCAAUCGUAACAUCGACGCAGGGGCAACCGUCACUCUGCGUCCUCCAAACAAGUUAAUCAUCGACAACUUUUUUGACGCACACUGCCCCUACCAAAGGUGUCACCACGGUGUAGUACUCAUCAACGACAUCACCUUCAGCGAUCUGGACUUGAUGGAGAGCUCUCGCGGGGGCUCUUUGACACUCUGUCCGUUCUGUAUGGGUGGUGAGCUUCUUCAGCAGCACGAAUCGCUCGUGAAAGAUGUGGUAGACGCUUUCGUGCGGCGCUCUGCCACCGAAGAGCUUCUUCGAGACUCAGCGAUACGUGARCACCGUGACAAUGUUAACAACAUGCGUUUGGCAAUGGGCUAUGGCAUCUUGCCCAAUGAUCCUGGUUUGUAUGGGCUGGGCGUUCAACCUGGUGACAAUGCCGACGAUUUCGAGAUCGUAUCGUUGGUUGAAUACCUGGACCGUGUGGGUGCUGUUGAUGCUGGUUCACCAGCAGUCGCCGCACCUUUACCCGCCGCGCAGAUGGACUAUUCUCUAACUCGGACCGCUACAAGACAUGGACGCCUCGCAUCUGCUCCUCGUGGGAGAGCAGGCAGAGGAUCACACGGGAACGUCGCAUAUCGACGACUUGGCCGAGACCCUCGACCAGGAUCGGAUCGUACCCAUGAGGUCAGYCUGGGUGAUGCUCUCGCGGAGGCGACUAUGCGUAUCCAGGACUAUCAUGACAGCAUCAUGGAACCCUCACCGCGCUUGACUCUGCAAAUCGGCAAUGGGACCACAGCAGCCCUCGACAUUACGGAAGAAGAUGUCACCACCUCCCCGAAUACUGUGAUCGCAGCUUUUGACGCCACCGAACUCAUAGUGCAAAGGUCAGGUCCAGGAACCCCCAGACCACCGCCCAUCCCUGAGCGUUCGCCGGCUCCGUACAGGAAUGUGAUCUGUUCUCAACCUUUCAGGUGGUAUGAGCUGGUUCAAGACCGUGUGCACAAUGAUGUGUGUGGAAUCUGCAUUGAGUCAUUUGCGGAGUCGUAUUCGCUGCUAAUCACGGCCUUACCUUGCGGGCACUUCUUUCAUGAUGAUUGUAUACGGGGCAGGCCGAGGGAACGGUUGAUUGUCACCUGUCCGUAUAGAUGUACGGGAACGGUGCGACUUUAG